CCACUGGCAUCUGGAAAGGAUCGAGUCCAUUCUCUAUGACCAUUCAAAGUUAUUGGUGUCAGAAUCAAUUUCAUAGUGGCUGCCUUUGUCGACCAGGCCCUUGUGAGGAUCGGAUCAGCCGCCCCACAAGUAGCAAGAUCACGUGAUGUUUUGGUUGCAGUGAAUUCUCGGCGUUCAGCAGUCAGCCAGCCUCCUAUCUUCCGAGUCACUACCAUGGCCCCAACUACAUCAUAUAGAUUUGAUAGGACUAUUCUCAAAAUUAUCACUACUGAAAAAAAAGGCAGGGAGGCUGCCUCAGAUCCAACCAAGAUUCCCCAACUGCCUAAUGCUUCCCCUGAAUCCAACCUCCAGGAAGCUCUCGAGAAGAACAUUUCCAUCAGCAAAUCUGGAAGGACGCUCAAAGAAAUUCUCUCUUUGUCUUGUCAAAACCUGAAAUCAUAUACCAUCGACAGAGUCAGGCCUGGUGUGUGGGGACAGUCUACGAAUGUGAAGUACCAUUCACAAACCAAGACCCUUGAAGACCUUCAAAACGAGGUAGAGUUGAUGAAGAGGCAGUUAGGGCGUUUGCAAGCCGAGCAGGAGGCCCAGCAAGCUGAGCAGGAGGCCCAAAAAGAAACCAUGGCAAAAUGGCAAGCCGCAAAUGAAGUAUUUCGAGCGCUUGGAGAAAUAGGUUGGAGUCAAAUAUCUGCUGAGAGGAAGUAUGACCUCGUCAACACGAAAGGGAUAAACAACUUUACAGAACUCUACUACAAUUACAGGGCUUCUGAUACUACUACCAUGGCCACCUAUCUAUCAGUCGACUAUCACAUUCGCAGAUUUGGAGGUUGGGGAGAUCGAGGUCAUGUUGCACACCCAAAAAUUAGUAUGGCGUGCUUGCAGGGAGUGCUUGACAAGCUGAGUAUCAGUGGCAGCCUCAGGGAUCAAUUGAUUUCCGAUGUGUAUACAGAAGCAUGAUUGAUUUCCAUUGAUGGUGUAGUUUAUGUUCCUUGAUAUUCACAGUUUGUAUCAUACUGGUAGCAGCUUCAAUGGCACGCUCAAUGUCAUUGAAAUGGUUGGUCAUAGCCCC